GACCAGCCUCGCUGACUCCUGCCCGCAGGCCGCGAGCGCGACGACCAGGCGGUGGCGUGGGCGCCAGACCGGGCGAGGGCGAGAUAGACUUACAUGUGUGGGAAACCAGACCAGAAACACUUCUGAGUCAAGAGCUUGGAUUCUGAAGUGUGGAAAGCACUGAGACGUGAAGAUGAGUGAACUUGACCAGCUGCGGCAGGAGGCCGAGCAACUGAAGAACCAAAUUAGAGAUGCCCGCAAAGCAUGUGCCGAUGCGACUCUUUCUCAGAUCACAAACAAUAUUGAUCCAGUGGGAAGAAUCCAAAUGCGAACCAGGAGAACACUGAGGGGGCAUCUGGCAAAGAUUUAUGCCAUGCACUGGGGCACAGACUCAAGGCUCCUUGUCAGUGCCUCUCAGGAUGGAAAACUCAUCAUCUGGGACAGUUAUACCACAAACAAGGUUCAUGCCAUCCCUCUGCGCUCCUCUUGGGUCAUGACCUGCGCAUAUGCUCCUUCUGGGAAUUAUGUGGCCUGUGGUGGCCUGGAUAACAUCUGCUCCAUUUACAAUCUGAAAACUCGUGAAGGGAAUGUGCGUGUGAGUCGUGAGCUGGCAGGACACACAGGUUAUCUGUCCUGUUGCCGGUUCCUGGAUGACAAUCAGAUAGUUACCAGUUCUGGAGACACCACAUGUGGAAAUGUGGAGCAGUUCUUUCCCAAUGGCAAUGCCUUUGCCACUGGCUCAGACGAUGCUACANGCAGGCUGUUUGACCUCCGUGCAGACCAGGAGCUCAUGACCUACUCCCAUGACAACAUUAUCUGUGGUAUCACAUCUGUUUCCUUCUCCAAGAGUGGCCGCCUCCUCCUUGCUGGGUAUGAUGACUUCAACUGUAAUGUCUGGGAUGCACUCAAAGCUGACAGAGCAGGUGUCUUAGCUGGACAUGACAACCGAGUCAGCUGCUUGGGGGUGACUGAUGAUGGUAUGGCUGUGGCAACAGGGUCCUGGGACAGCUUCCUCAAGAUCUGGAACUAAGGCCAGGAGCAGGUGGAUGGAUGCCAUGGCGACUGGAAGACCAUUCCAACCUUGAAUCGUUACAGCGAUAGCAUAUCCUAUCCAACCAUACUAACGUGGACACCACACCUCCCCUCAGAACUUCAAAAGGGCAAGAUCUUUUUUCCUUCACUUAUCGCUGAACCAANAGCACAACUCCCAUUAAGAGAAGGGUCUCUGUGCUGCAGACUAAAACAAAUUGUGCGUUCUUUCCGGGGCCAUUGCUUUUGGUUUAGUUUGUUUUGUUUUUUGUUUUUUUAAUUUUGGUUUCGUUUUGUUUUGUCUUGGUCCAAUUUUAAAAGGAAAUACUACAAUAAAAAUGUUAACCAGAAGGUAACCCUGAGUGUGAUUGUGAGACACGCCUUUUUACUAGUUCAUUUGCAUUUAAAUCAGUGAUCCUGUUCUGUGGCAUUCAUGAAAAACAAGUUGAAGACUUUGUUUAUCUGGAAUUGUUUCUAAAUAUAAGUCAUUUGUAGGGAGACUUUGGAAGCAUUCUUUCUUAAACAUAUUCCUUUAUGUUCAGUAGUUCAGAGAACCAGGGCCCAUGGUGGUCUCUGACUUGUCACUGAUAUAUUUUUGUCCCUGGCUUGCUUUUUUUUUUUUUUUUUUUUUUUUUUUUGUCUCAUGUCACAGAUGACUGUUUCGCACAAACACAGCAUAGUGGAAGAAAAAAUUCAGAAGCAAAGUAGCCAAGCACAUGUUAGGAUGGCCACGAAUGCUUGGUCAGAACCCUUCCCCUUUGCGCAGCAGUGAACUUAUUCCCAGCACCCUCCCUCCUGACUUGUCCUCCUCACUGUCCAGUUUCUGUUCUUUCCUUGGGUUUCUGUGAAGUUGGAGGGAAGUUUGUAGUCAUGUGACACUAGCCGUCCUGCCCCUGCUGUCAGAAAUUUUUUUCUCCAGAGAGGUGCCUGUCCUGUGCUUGGAUAGUCAGUUGGUUAUUUGUGUAUGAAACAAUGUACAAAUCAAUGUUUUGAAAAUAAUGAUCUCAGACUUUCUAAGUUAAAUUUUAAACAAUUUGAUUGUUUGCCAUAUUGGGUGGGUUUACUCUUAGAAUCGCAUGCUGUAGAAAUGCUCUAAAGUGCAUAUAGGACUCAGUCCUUAGAUGUUCUUUUUAUUUUAAGAAAUAACCUCUUCAAGUUGUAACCGUGGCGGCUUUGUCCAUUACCGUUGCUAUUCUGCACACAUAUCGGAAGCAGCAAGCGCUUUACACACUUGAGUAGUGGGAUAAGUCACUGUUUUCUUUACAAAACAAAACAGUCCUGUUGGGAAUGAUUACUGUUGGAUUCUGGAAGGGAGGGGAAAGCUGCUCUGCUGCCUCUUUGCCACUUCCUGGAAGCCUGCCUCCAUGGAAGAACAGCCUUUUGCAUCUGAGGCGACCAUUUUUACACCAUGCAGAUCUUCGUGGUUAUCAUCUCAAAGCCAUGUUCAGCAGCAGCGUUUGGACAGCAGUGUUCUGUGGGCCCUCCCCUCCCCUCCCCCAUAUCCUGCACCCCUCAUAGCAGUAGUGGCUUCGCCAUUCUGUUUUCUGCAGUGUCCUGUACAAAACUGUGCUGUGACUGUGCGGUAGGCCUGGACAUGGCAAAGAGAAUACAGCGAAGCCCCUUCUCUUCCUACCAAACAACUCUGUAGAGCUCUCUGCACCUGUACCCUUUUCACCUUUUGUAUUUAAUUUUAAAGUCAGUGUACUGCAAGGAGGCUGGAUGCAAGAUAGAUACUAUAUUAAACUGUACUGUUAUUUAAGAUGUAAUAAAGCAGUUUGACAUGAGGGA